UCGAUGGUCUUGAUGAGUGUACCGGAAACGACAGGGAGACAAUCAAGAUUUUAAGAUCUAUCAUUCAAAAAUCCGCUGAUGUCAAGGUUUGCGUAUCAAGUCGCCCUGAAACCGUCUUUAUGGACCAGUUUAAUAAUAAUCCAAAGCGUCGACCCUAAGACUUGACAUCUGACGGCAUUAAUCUUUACGUUUCCGGCAUUCUUCAUAACGACGAGAAAAUGAAAACUCUUUACCAUGAUGAGAAAGCAGAGGCUCUAAAAUUAGAGGAGGAGAUUGUGUCUGCAGCGAACGGCGUCUUUCUCUGGGUUGAGCUUGUCCUGAAUUCCCUUAUAACUGGUCUCGGAAAUCUUGAUGACAUCGCACAACUAAGGGAACGAUUAGUUAGGGUGCCACCGGAAAUCGAAGAACUUUAUAAGCACAUGCUUAAGAAUAUCGACGGAAUAUAUGCAGAGGAUGCUGCUCGUAUCUUCGGAAUAAUGUCGAUAGCGCAGCACAGUCUAAAAAGGCCGAUAUUUGACAGUCAGAGAUACAGAGAUCUUACAUUCCGAAUUCCAGGAUUAACAGCUUUAGAACUGUCUCUCGCGCUCGAUAAGAACCAAGAUUUUGCGAUAAAUCCCUCUCCAAUCGAUAAACAUGACUUAGAAUUGCGGAUGAAACAACUUGAUAUUAAACUACGAAAAUCUUGUGCUGGACUUCUAGAGGUGUCAGGCGGAGGACAUUUUCGAAGAAGCCAAGAGGAAGUUCCUGGGAGAUAG